AUGGACGAUUACCUCCACACUCCGGCCGGGCCUGAACACGGGUCUCCAACUUUCAAAAUGGCACCUACCUCGCCCUCCUCAACAUGCUCCAGCGCCGACAACACCACACUAGCAGAUAUCAGAGCUGAACUUAAACGCAUGUCGAUGGUCACCAAAGAUGACCUAAACCACCUAUACUCCACGCUGCACGAAGCAAUCAAAACGGAGGUAGCAGGCCUGAAGGUGGAUGUUAAAGCACAGGAGGCCCGCAUCCUAAACCUGGAACAGAAAGUGCAGACGACUGAAGAUCACUCCGCGGCCACAGAUACUGCCCUUAAAUGCCAAGGAGCCUCAUCCUGGCUAUGA